AUGGGGUCGAUGUAUCCGGUUCUGGAGCUGGGGGGGCUGUUGGAGCAGGUGGAUGUGGUGUUUGGCGGCGGGUCCGCGGUCAAGGCAGGGGGUGUGCAUGCGGACGAUGUGCAGAUCCUGCGGUUAGUAUUUGCGUGUGCGCUGACGGCUGAGGCGGCAGGGAGCAGUGAGCUUGCGAUGCGGCUGUUUGAGAGUGUGCGCGAGGCGGCGGAUAAUUGCGUGUGGGGGCCUCCGGACAUCCAGAGUAUUAUCUUGUUGACGUUGGUCGCGAUCUUUCACUUCCAGAUGGACGAGGAGAUCCUGGCCUGGCGCAUUGUGGGCAUCGUCGAGCGCAUGUGUCUUGAGCGAGGGCUGCACCGCCGCGAAACCCUGACCCAGCCGGCCAUCGUCGCUGCGGGGCGCGACCGCGUCCUGCGGCUGUUUUGGUCGAUCUACAUCCUCGACAUUCGCUGGAGCUUUGGGACGGGCAUGCCGUUUGCGCUCGAGGACAGCGAUAUCGACCCCUGGCUCCCGGAGCCGGAGGAGAAGACGCCCUACCUGCGGGUGAUGAUCCGGUACAGCCGCAUUGCCGCCAAGGUGUGGAAGUUUAUCUCUGCCUUCAACAAUACCAACGAGAUCAAGAAGGAGGAGAUGAAUUUUCUGGAUUGGCAGGUCCAGCAGUGGGUUGCCAACAUCCCCGACAUACUCCGUCUUGAGCAGCAGCCGCAGCCGCAACAGGAACGCGAGCCAUCCACCCCGCGGAGCCUCCACCGUCUCCGGGCUUUGCUGCACCUGCGCGCCAACCAACUCCGCAUGCUCAUCCACCGGCCCGUCCUCCACUCGGCCGCGCAUUUCAUGCGCCACCCCGCCGAAUCCCAGCUGGUCGUCGACCUGGCCAAGGAGACCAUCCGCUUCAUCACCCACCUCAACGAGACGACCGACAUCUAUCGUCUCCAGCAGAUCACCUUCAACUGGUUCCUCGUCUCUGCCGUCGCGGCACUGUUUCUGGCCGUCGCGCAGGGCCCCGCGCAGUUUGGGGCCGAAUGCCGCGAGGAGUUCUAUCUGGGGCUGGAGCUGAUCAAGGGCUUCUCGACCAAGUCGUAUAUCUCGCUGCGGCUGUGGAAGUCGAUCCGCAGUUUGCGGAAGUUGGGACCGCAGGUGAUGCGCCGCCAGCAGCAGCAGGAGGUACCCGAUGAGAGCGGCGCGGAGGUGGUUGACGAGACGCAUCGGGUCGAUACCGGACCUCUGCCGUCCACGGGGAGCAUGCAGAGUCUCACGCCGGUGGAUGGGGCGCAGAUGACGCGUGAGCUAAUGGAGUGGUUUGAGGCGGUGGGUAGUCUGGAGACGCAGAUCAUGGGGAUGGGAGCGUUGCCGCCAGAGGUGGAUGGUUGGGGGCGGGGCCAGUAUAUGGUGGAUUAUGGGGGGGAGUUGUCGAGUGUGAUGAAGGAUUGUUUCUAGUAUGCUGGCUACCA